AUGGACGGCAGCCUUGUCACCAUCAUUGCAGCGAAGGGCGAGAAGAAUGUGGCAUUCGUGUGCCGCAAAGGCUACCGUGCCCUCAAUACCAUGUCCGCAUGCGGAUUCUCGCUGUUGCACGACGCCUACGUCUGGAGGACAACGUGGUUGCGUCGCCGGUUUCAGGAGGGAUACGUUGCCAAGGCCUACGAGCAGCUCCUCGGACAGGAGGUCGGUGCUUCGGGCGUACCAGAGAGCUCACCAGAGACGGUCGCGCAGCAGCCGCCAGAUGCCGGGUGCCUCCGCGUGGUUCAAGCCCAAGUCUGGAUGCCUCGAAACUACUCGGCCGAGAUGGAUGCCUCACUCGAAACGAUGCCUUGCCCAAUACUGACGUUGACGGCCAAAACGUGUUCAACCGGACUUUCGCGUCAAAGUGGAGAACGAAGAGUACUGCUUGGUGUGCAGAGUCCAGAGGAAGUUGUUUGCAACGAGGACCAAGACCACGUGGUGAAACAGCUCGGUGAAGUUGAAUCUAAUGAUGUGGGCGUUGGCUGUGGUGUUGAAGUGAAAAGAGAAGAGUGCCCCGACCAGCAGUGUCCGCUUCAGGUGCCUACGAUAGUGUGCGUAGGCAAACAUUUCUACCCACCGCAGGCACCCCGCAUUGUGCCGCGGACCCUUGUGGAACACCUCGUGUACCACCCUGAGGUGGUGAAGCUCCCGCUCACGUGGAACUACCACAAGGUGAGGGCGCCUCGAGGGAACCGCGUCGUCUACUGCACCCUCGCCGUUGCGAGCGACGGAAUGACUCCCGUCAUCAGCAAGUUCGUCAACAUCACGGACAGCAGCAGGGGCGAGCGUUAG